AUGUUGAUCUUAAAAAGUCUAAUUUUCAAUUUAGCUGCUGUAACGAGCAUUCCAAUCGAUACAUCCCUUAACACCUUCAUCCGACGUCAUGCAAAUCUUCGUGGAACAAAGUUCAUGUGCCUGGAGGGAGGGUGUGGGGUCUGUGUGGUGGCUAUUCGAGGUCUCCAUCCAAUCACAAGGAUACCAUUUAUUAUGGCAGUGAACUCUUGCCUCUUCCCAGUUUACUCUUGUCAUGGUCUAGAAGUGAUCACGGUAGAAGCAUUGGGUAAUCGUAAAGCUGGAUACCAUCCAAUUCAGUCACGCCUAGCCACUCUCAAUGGUACACAGUGUGGAUUCUGUACUCCUGGAAUGGUAAUGAAUAUGUUCUGCCUGGCUGAGGCAGAAAGAGGUCAACUGACCAUGGAAGAGGUGGAAAAUGCAUUUGGUGGACAUUUGUGUCGUUGUACAGGAUACAGACCUAUCCUGGAUGCUUUCAAGACCGUUGCAUCAGAUGCCACGGAGCGUUUGCGAAAUUUAACGCGAGAUAUUGAAGAUCUGCCUAAAUUUUGUCCCAAGAUGGCUUCCCACAAAUACCCUUUUGAUCCCAUUGAAGAAAAGAGGCUGUUUUUCAAAUGCAAGAGCGGCAGAGAAUGGCACAAAGCCUACAAUCUUGCCACUCUUUUCACCCUAAUGCGACAGAGUCGUCACAAGCAGUAUAUGCUUGUAGCAGGGAAUACAGCUCAUGGGGUGUAUCGACGUGAUCCUAAUAUUGAGAUCUUCAUCGAUGUUUCUUCAAUUGAAGCUCUAAGAACUCACUCAAUAGGGGGUUACAUUGAAUUGGGCGCCAAUAUGACUUUGACCGAAACAAUGAUCUUCCUCAGGAGGGCAGCCUUUGGACGACCACAAUUUGGAUAUUGCCGAGAACUUAUCAGGCAUCUUGAUUUGGUUGCUCAUGUAGCUGUUAGAAAUAUUGGAACUCUAGCUGGAAACCUGAUGAUCAAACAUGAACAUCCAGACUUUCCAUCCGAUGUAUUCCUAAUACUUGAAACGGUUGGGGCAUUGCUACUAAUUGCUGACAAUGUUUCAAGGACAAGGGCUGUUUCAGUAGCAAACUUCCUCAAAAUGGAUAUGAAAAGGAGAAUAAUCCUGAAAAUUCGUCUUCCUGCAAUGGAUUCAACAAGAGACAUUUUACGAACCUACAAAAUUAUGCCAAGGGCACAAAAUUCCCAUGCUUAUGUAAACGCUGGUUUCCUCUUCAGAUUCAACGAACGCCGUAGUCGUCUAUUGAGCAUUAGGAUCUGCUACGGUGGCAUCCAUCCUAGAUUUAUUCAUGCUGCAUCCACAGAACAAGCCCUCAAUGGUGUAGAUAUUUUCGAUAAUAAUGUACUGCAGAGAGCUUUUGCAUCUUUGGACCAAGAAAUCCAGCCUGAUUCUUCAGUCAAUGAACCUCUUCCUGAAUACCGGAAAAUCCUAGCUUUGGGACUUUUUUACCGAGCUAUUCUAAGUGUAGCACCUGAGGAACGAGUUCAGCAACAAUAUCGAAGUGGAGCUACGAUGAUUGAGAGACCAGUAUCUUCAGGAAUUCAGCAAUACACGUCUAAUUCUGAAAAUUACCCUCUAACACAACCCCUGCCCAAGGAUACAGCCCUAGAACAGACAUCAGGAGAAGCGGAAUAUGUCAACGAUAUGGUACACCUCCCAGAUGACCUCUGGGCUACCUUCGUCAUUGCUUCCCAGACUAAUUCCCGAAUCAGUUACAUCGAUGCAGCUGUUGCACUCAAGAUGCCAGGUGUCGUUGCGUUCUAUCGAGCUUCUGAUAUACCAGGAACAAAUAAUUUCAUGAGUGCUAAGCACAAUCAAGCAGAGGAAACGGAAGAAAUCUUGGCCAGCAGCGAAAUUCUAUACCAUGCUCAGCCAGUUGGAAUGAUUGUGGCUGAGAGUUUUGAUAUAGCUCAAUUAGCAGCAAAGAAGGUGAAAGUCAUCUAUGAGAGAUCGACGAACACUGAUCAGAUCUUCCUCACACCAACCGAUGUGCUAGAGGCCAAUGAUGAAGAUAGGAUACAGCAAUCUGUAACCUUAGGGGAACAAAAUGAUAACACUGUGGAAGGACAGCAUACGUUAACUGGACGUUUAGUUCUGGGGUCUCAAUAUCACUUCCACAUGGAAGCUCAGACAUGCAUCUGCUGUCCAACUGAGAUAGGACUUGAUGUCUAUGCUGCCACUCAGUGGAUGGAUCUGUGUCAAACAGCUAUCGCCCAAUGCCUGGGAAUUCAUGAGAGUCGCAUAAAGAUGAUAGUGAGACGCUUAGGUGGAGGUUUUGGCGGGAAAAUGUAUCCAACUAGCCAGAUUGCAGCUGCAACGGCUCUUGCUGCAUUUCUUCUCAAUCGAACUGUGAGAUUUGUCAUGACCAUCGAACAGAAUAUGAUGACUAUGGGGAAGCGUUAUGCUUCAGAAUCUGAAUAUGAAGUUGUAACGGAUAGCAAUGGGCAGAUACUGAAGCUACAGAAUACAAUCUACGAGGACUUUGGUGCUACUUACAACAGUAAUGUUCCUGGUCAAGUCCUACCAAACUUCUCCAAUGGAUACAAUACAGAUAACUGGUACUGGCAGCUCAAUCUUGUUAAAACGAACAAACCUAGCAACACUCUAGCCAGAAGUCCAGGAAAUUUAGAAUUUACAGCUAUGAUUGAGAACAUCAUGGAACACAUUGCAAAGGCUACCAGUCAGGAUCCGAUAGACGUAAGAUUGGCCAAUAUGCCUGAAGAUACUGAUAGAAGACAAUUCAUUACAGACUUCAGAACAUCCACUGACUACGAAACCAGAAAGACGGAAAUUGAUGAAUUUAACACACAGAAUAGAUGGAAAAAGCGUGGAAUAGCUAUUGUUCCUAUGAACUAUAGGAUCCAUUUUCAUGGCGUUAGGUACGCUCUGGUUUCUAUCCAUCAUGGCGACGGAAGCGUAACAAUAACCCAUGGUGGAGUAGAAAUGGGUCAAGGAAUUAAUACGAAAUUAGCCCAAGUUGCAGCACAUCUUUUGGGAAUUGACUACGAUAUGGUCAAGAUUAUGCCCAGUCUCAAUACUGUUUCUCCUAAUACCACACAUUCGUCAGCGAGCAUUACAACUGUAUCUGUUGCUUACGCUAUUCAGCAAGCUUGUCAAACCCUCCUCGAUAGGAUUGAACCAGUGAGAGAAGAUAAUUCUGGACUCGACUGGCCUCAACUUAUACAGAGGUGCUUCGAACAGGAUAUUGACCUAGCUGCUCUACACAUGUAUAAACACUCAGAUCUUGAAGCCUUUAGUGUUUUUGGAGUGGCCUGUGCAGAAGUUGAACUUGAUGUUCUGACUGGAACUACUCUUCUUCGUCGUGUGGAUAUUCUCCAGGAUACUGGUGAAAGCAUGAAUCCCCUCCUCGAUGUGGGACAAAUUGAAGGUGCCUUUAUAUUUGGGUUAGGCUAUUGGCAUCAUGAAAAACUAAUCUACAACCCACGAAAUGGAAAGCUCAUGACCAAUAGAACGUGGAAUUACAAGAUACCCGGAGCUAAGGAUAUUCCUGUGGACUUCAGGGUGGCUUUUCUACAGAAUCACAAUGUUGAAGAGGGCAUUUUACGUGCUAAACCAACUGGAGAGCCUACAACGGCUCUCGCCAUUGUGGUCCUCUUCGCCAUCCGUUACGCAUUAAAUUCAGCACGCUCAGAUGCAGGAAACACGGACACAUGGUUUCAAAUGGGAGCUCCCAGCACAGUUGAAGAAAUUCUUCUCCUCACUGAGAAUAGAACUCAAGACUUCCAAGUCUAAUGGGCUUUAGGCUUGAAGGAACACCUGUUCGGCAAGGAACACUUUUUAACAAUUUUGUCAAAAUAUUGAAAACUAUUUCAUGUAUCUAAAUUGACAAUUAUCUGAUAGGACCUAGUCAUUUUUCUUAGUUCCUAAGAUUCAUCGCCACCAAGACUUUAAUUUUUCCUUUAUUUUUAUUCGUUAAACAUUUUCCCCACGAUAUCUCGGCAAAAAUUAAUGCAAAACUUUAGAAAAUGGAACUUAAUUUAUUAAUUUCAAUUAAAAAUGAAAUUAUUAAAAGAUAUUAACCUAAAAUUGGUCAAAAAUAAAUACCCUAGCGCUCAAUUUAUUGACUGGAAUUAUACUUAUUUCCAGCCUAAAAACAAAAUUCUAUUAUAUUUCUAAAAAUACUUAGAAUAAAAAAUCAAAAUGUCGAUUUUUCAUGUUGGCAUGAAAGGACGUUAUGGUCUACGUAUGAAUUU